AUGAACCAAACACAUUCAUUCCCUCUACUUAUCACCGUCUCUCUGGUUCUCCCAGCUGCCCAACCACCUCCACCCCUGCGAGACCUUGCCGACGUGCUCCAGCGCGCUCUCGACCCGGCCGUCCGGGUCGUGCAGCCUGCUGCCCUCGAACUCGACAAAGAAGAGGUACUGGAAGGGGCGGAUCAGGCUCGGCAGGCUGUUGAUGCUCGUCAGGUCCAGCUCGAAGCGGCGGAACGCGUCCAGCACGUCGGCCAGCGCGCCGGGGCUCUUGUGCGGCACCGUGAACGACACGAGCGUCUUGUACCGCUUCUUCCCGCGUCCUCCUCCUCCGCCUGCCUCCCCCUCCUCUUCUCCAACCUCCUCGCCGGCAGCCUCCCCCCGCCGGACGACCAGGAAGCGCGUCGUGUUGUCCUCCCUGUCCUCGAUGCAGCGCGCCAGCACAUCGAGCCCGCUCGCCGCGGCCGCCAUCUCGCUCGCGAUCGCCGCGCUGCGCCCGCUGCCGUCCCGCGCCGCCUCCUCGGCCGCCCGGCUCGUCGAGCUCACGUCGAUCGCGUCCACGCCCCGGAGGUACCGGCCCAAAAAGGCCGCCGUCUGGCCGAACGCCUGCGGGUGCGAGUAGACGCGCUCGACGUGCGACAGGUCCGCCAGGGGCUGGCCCCGCGCGGCGGUGGCGCCGGCCUGCUGCUGCUGUGA